GACAGCCCCGAGGCAGAUGCCGAGAGCCACCUUCUCUUCUUGUUACCGUGCAUGGAAAGCCGUGCCCUCGGUCUUCUCCCCACAACAACAUUCAUGUGAUGUCCGAAACGGCUAAAGACCCGUCGGAGAAACAGCCGCCGAAUGCUGCGGCAUCUCCAUUCGGCUUUCUCGCCGUGUGGGGUUUGGAAGAAAGUACCCCGCGACCACUUUCCCGACAUAUGUUGAUGCCAUCACGCCCUUUAUAAUCUCUGGAUACACUUUUCUGCUAUUUCUCUCCCUCCAAUAGCUGAAUUGAUUCUACCAAAACACCAGAUCAGAUCCACUUUCUGUUAGACUUAAAAAUCAUACGAUUGCAAGUUGAACCUCGAGAUCAAGGAACAUUACAUCAUACAUCAUGGGCUUGAAAGAUGUUGGCUUUAUUGGCCUCGGUGCCAUGGGAGGUGGUGUAGCUAUCAACCUUGCAAGAGAAGGAUACAACGUCAAAGGUUUCGAUUUGGCACAACCGCUAGUCGACGCUCUGGUCAAGGAAGGUGGCAAGGCAGCAAAGACAACACAGGAGACAGCAACGGAUGUCGACUACCUCUGCAUUAUGGUGGCCAACCAUCUCCAAACCAGCUCUGCUCUCUUUGACGGCGACAACCCGGCCAUCAAGGGUCUCGGCCAGAACAAGACCAUCAUCCUUCUCUCAACGACACCUCCCGCAUACCUACACGAGCUGAGGCAAAAGCUGGACGAUGCUGGCAGAUCAGACGUCAAGCUCCUCGACUGUCCCGUCUCAGGAGGUACCAUUCGUGCUGCGAACGGAACUCUCAGUAUCUUCGCUGCUGGAAAGGAAGAGGAAGUCGAAGCAUCAAAGGACAUCCUCAACACCAUGUCUGGCAACCUCUACCGCAUCCAAGGUGGCAUCAGCAGCGGCACAAAAGUAAAGACCAUUCACCAACUUCUUGCUGCCACAAACAUCAUUCUCUCAUCAGAAGCCAUGGGUCUCGCUGCCACUGUCGGCCUCAACACCCAAAAAGUAUACGAGCAUGUCAAGGAGAAUGACGGCACAUCUUUCAUGUUCGAGAACCGCGCACCACACAUGUUGGCAGACGACUGGUCGCCUUUGUCAGCACUGGGUAUCAUCCUCAAGGACUGCGGCAUCGUCACUGCCACCGCUCGCUCAGGUUACUGGCCCACUCCCCUCGCCGACUGCGCCGAGCAAUGUUAUCUCCAAGGUCUUCAGGCAGGUCUCCUCAGAGACGACGACGCAAAGCUGGUUACAAUGUACAUUCCCUCUGCAUCAGCCUCGCUAGUCAAGGAAAAGUCCACCGCGGACGUCAAGAUGCACUCGAACCACCAGGUCUCAGCCGACACCGUCAACGACCUCCUCGCUGGUGUCCACCUUGCCGCCAGUGUAGAGGCAAUGGCCUUCUGCAAGCACCUUGGUAUGGACCGCAAGCUCAUGUGUGAGAUCAUUUCAAAGGCCGCUGGCUGGUGUGACAUGUACACCAAGCACAUUCCUGCCAUGCUGGAGAAGGAUGACUGGAGUCUUGCCUCUUGUGCUGCUGCUCAAGAUGUAGUAAAGAGGUUGGAGACUGCUGUUGAGAAGGCGAGAUUGUUGAGAUAUCCUGUGCCCAUGGCUUCGACUGCGCUCCAGCAAUUCUACUUUGCUGGUCUUAGGGGUUAGAUCAUAGACAAAAUAGAGCAUCACGUUGAUACCAAAAUAGUUUCCGAGGUACGCUGCGGAGCACAAACUUCUCUCCCCAAACCAGCUACCGAUUAUCGAUUGAACCAAACUUUUCCGCCUAACUUUCACUCUCUGACUCUCAGCUCUACGCAUCCUUAACUCCUCAUCUCUCUCCAUCACUGACUUCUCGAUCCUUCAAGGAGAUGGAGGCUUUGGCUUGCGUCUUCUAGGGGGUUGGGGGUCGUGUUGUAGGUGUAGCUGGACGUAUCGCGAAGCUCGGAGUACUGGGAAGGCGCGGUGAAGGCGCGGCGGCAUUGACGUUUCCUGAUCGGAUG